GUCGGGUCAAGACUGGCCCUCCUUCCCAUUUUGUGUGGAUCGUUAACACCGAGGGGCUCAAAGCCUGAGUACUCAAAUCAGCGAUUCCUUCGAAGCUAAUGCUUUUCCUCCAUCUCUCUCCUAAGCAUCCCUUUCAUCUAAUUCCUUUGGUUUCUGUAUCUACAUUCAAACUCAGAGAAUUGCAAUGGAUUCUGCUACUCUAAAGAUCACGUCGUUCCCAGUUUUGCCUAAAUCUCCACCGAAGUUCAAAAACCCAAAUCAUAAGAUUCUAUCAGGAUUUCGUUUCAACGGGAAGAAGAUUUAUGCCAUCUUUCCCAACGGCUCUGUUCCCCCCUCUGCUUCCCAAAGGGGUGAGUCAAGUUCGGGAGGAGAUGUGCAUAGGCGGAGAAGCAGUCUGAAGUCUCUGUUUUGUUACGAUAAGGCUAUACCAGAAGAAAGAAUUGAGAAGCCUGUUGGGAUAUCUUUGGCUGAAAAAGUAAUCGGAGAUAACUCACGAUGCACAGAUUGCCAAGCCAAAGGUGCAGUGCUUUGCAUGACUUGCUCUGGUUCAGGCUUGUAUGUUGACUCCAUAUUGGAGAGCCAGGGCAUUAUUGUCAAAGUUCGCUGCCUAGGUUGUGGAGGAACUGGUAACAUAAUGUGUUCAGAAUGUGGAGGCCGUGGUCAUCUUGGACCCAAUUGAGUGGUGUGGUUCGCUUCUGUUCCUUCAAUUUUGUUGUAGGUCUGCUGUAUUUAUCUUUCAUAUUGCAAUACUACGUAAGACACGUAUAUUCUAGUUAAGUGUAGCCUUUCAAUUUUGUUUGAUUCAUUAGUUGUUGAUAUGUGACACAAUUUACAUGACGAUCUAUUGAAUUAAUAUAAUCAAUGGUUUAAACUGC